GGCAGGUUGAAACCGUUGACAAAACUUGAACGACCGGCCAGCAUCAUGGCCACGUGCUCGAGCGUCAUGCGGAAUGGCGCGCGAUGUACGUCCCCGGUCCCGACGGACGACCCGUCCGCCACCAUGUGCGCGCAUCACCAGCGCAUGGCCCGCGUGAUGGCGCUUGCCCCGAAGAAACCUCCAUCUGUGGACCGGGCUCCAUCGACGACGUUCGGGCUACCUCCUGCCCCCCACGCCAACCCACUGUUUCAAACGACGACGUCCGUGGUGCAUGUCCGUCCUUCCGCCGUAGGUCAUACUGCGGUACCGCUUCCGAUUCACGUCCCGACCGAGUCCUUCUCGGACUACUUGAAAGUGUCGUUCCCUGGCGAAGUGAAAGCAGCGUCGUUGCCAUGUUCCUUUGACGUGUCGUCGCGCGAAGGCGUGUCUGGUACGCUCAUUGUGACAAACUACCGCCUUCGCUUCGAGCCGGCCUCGACCCACCGAUCGGCCACGUUUUCUCCGGCAUUGCUGGAAGCCAUCACCCCUGGCUUGCCCACCGCCUGCGUGUCCAAGCUCGCGUACCCACAGACCACGUCAUCGUCCAACGCCAUGCCAACGCAAAUAGUCGUGUUCUUUCGCAACUGCCGCACUUGGAUCUUGCGCGGCAACGUGACCGAGCUCAUGACGACGCUGAACAAACUAGUCUUUGUCGAGUCGCCGCUGCACCUGUUUGCGUUCGCCAAGGGAAACGUCGUCGAUGGCGACCAUGCCAACGGCCAUGCUAUCUACGACCUUUUCUCCGAUUUCGCCGACAUGGGGGUCCAUCUUGCGACCACCGCGCCGCACACGUCGCCGUAUCGAGUCACCGACGCCAAUCGAUCGUACGGUCUGUGCCCGACGUACCCGCCCCAGUUCGUCGUCCCGUCCGCGAUGACAGAUGCCCAAGUGGCGGCGGUCGCGAGCUUUCGGUCGAAAGGGCGCAUGCCACUGUGUUGCUGGGUCCAUGCGGCCAACACAGCCAGCAUCUGGCGAUGUGCGCAGCCAAAGCGCGGCCUCUUCCAUGCCCAGAACGCUGACGACGACUACAUGCUGUGGCUCAUUGCCCAAACCAACAAGAUCAACAGCGAGAAAGUGUGGAUCGUCGACUGCCGCCCCGAACUCAACGCCCGUGCCAACAACCUGACGGGCGGCGGCACCGAGAGCGGAAGCCUUCGCCAUGCCACGGUCUCGUUCAUGAACAUUGCCAACAUCCACGCGAUGCGCGAGUCGCUCGAGGCGGUGCGACAAUUGGCGCUGACGCCGUCGAUGGAAGCGGACCUGCACUGGUUGUCGCGCGUCGAGGACACUAAAUGGUUGAUGCACGUGCGGCUGGUGCUGCGCGCGGCAUUGCAAACCGCGCAUGCUGUCCACGAAAGCGCCACGUCGGUCGUUGUCCACUGCAGCGACGGGUGGGACCGCACCGCCCAAGUGUGCGCUCUGUCGCAACUCUUGCUCGACCCCAAGUACCGCACGUUGAAAGGAUUCAUGACGCUCAUUGACAAGGUAGGCCGGCGUGCCAAACCGCGGCGCACACCUGACGCAGCAUCUGUCGCAGGAGUGGAUCAAGGCCGGUCACAAGUUUGACGACCGCGUCGGCCCGGGCAAGGUCGAGAGUACGUUUAUGCCACUGCUCGACGUCACAUUGUCGAGUGUCGUCUCGAUCGACUCUGGAACUUUGUGUCUAGAUGACGACCAAGCGCCGAUAUUCAUCCAAUUUCUCGACUGCGUGUGGCAGCUGCAUCGACAGUACCCGACGUACUUCGAGUUCACCGGGCUCGCGUUGCUCGCGCUUGCGUUUCACUCGACGUCGGGUCGGUUUGGCACGUUUCUCGGCAACUGCGACCGCGACCGCGCCGUCAGCCUCCGCGUCCCGGUCCGCACGCCGUCGUUGUGGGCGUUCAUGUUGGACCAUGCCGCGCAAUUUCGAAAUCCAUUUUUUCGACCGUACGACGCGCACGACCACGGCGGCGGCGCGCUGGUCCCGUGGCCCGUCGCGAUCGUGUUGCGGCGCGUGGUGCUUUGGGACGACAUGUACUUUGCCAAUCCGUCGUGCGGCAAUACGUCCAAGCCCCCGGCGAUGGCUGCGGCAUCGUUCCGCCAGGCCAAGACGGCGGCAGAAGACUUGGAGAUGGCCAUGGCAAGUGCUCAGCAUCAAGCGGCGGCGCACCUGUCGUAGCCCACCGCGUGUCCAUGGCAUGAUGGCUAGGGCUGGAUAUCAUUGGCACCACCGUCGCUGUGCCCAGUACCUCUAGAAGCGAUGGUGUCCAUGGCGUUUGAAUAAACGGGCGACGUGGUAACGGAGCCGAUCGAUCAUGAUAUCGUGAGUACCCAUGCAAAAAAGAA